CGUUCGAUUUUUGUGUUGUUUGGUAACGACAAGCGGGCCGCACGAAAGCGCAGCGCUAACGGAAACGGAUAGUCGCGUCGCCAAUUUCCACAAUAUUUCCACAACGGGCGAGUUUCUCUCUCUGUGUGUGUGUGUGCGUGUGUGUGUCUGUGUACGUGUGUGUGUGUGCGAGUACAUGUGUGUGUGUGUGUGGCGUGUGUGCAUAGAUUGGGCCACGGCAUUUGCAGUUCUUGCUUAAAACUCGCAGCGAGACCAAAAACAACGCCCCAAAAAUAAGCAAAUUUGACCACAGAAUACGGCAAACAAAAAUAAACGGAAAUCAGCAUCAGGCGCAGCCAAGCUUAAGUGUUUUUCGCCUUUAAAGAGUGCUGUGUUUGUGUUUGUGUAUGUGUGCGUGUCUCUGUGUGUCUCUGUGUGUGUUUUUGUGUACAGCAUACGCCACAGGCGCCAAUAAGUCGCAACUCACCAGAAACGCUGCCUACUUUUUUGUAUAAAAUUUAUAGAAGAGAAUAGCAAAGAAAUAAUUAUAAUAAAUAGGCAAAGCAAAUUAAAAAAAAAAAGAGAAAAAGAUAUAAAUAUAUAUAGAAAAUAAAUAUAUAUGAAGAUAUAUAAGUAAAUGCUAAAAAUUAAGUGAUUAAGUGCUAGACAGUGUCAAAAUAACUUAAAUAAAUUUGAAGCCCAACAAGCUAUAAAAAAAAAAACAGUGCUGCACAGCAGGAUUCGCACAGCAUUUGGAAGUUGAACACAACACGUCUAUGAAACGCUAUGCGGCGGCAGCUGCUUGAGAAGCCGAAGGCGGCAACGAUGAGCACGUGAGAGCCUUGAAAAAAUGUCCGCUUGCAUGACAAUUGUAGCGUGCAGGCAUUCAGACAACGCAACAGACAGCGCAGUUGAGCGCAGCGUACGUGAAGUGUAUGCUAAGAACUUCAGGCAGCAGCAAAAGCAUCAGGCGUGGCAAGGACACUAACCCACAUGCAGCACGAAGCACCAAGCUUAGCACCUGCAGCAAGGCGCAGACAGCAGCAGCAGCAGCAGCAACAGCAAAGACAGAGCAACGUACGGAAUAACUAAUAAGCUUCCGUUGCCAUUGAAAAAAAGGAAAGGAAAAACUCCAUAAAAAAAUAAUAUUAAAAAUUAGGCCACGCCACAAACAGUGUUGUCGCGGUCAAUUAUACGACAACAGCAACACACAUUUUGACCAAUAUUAAUAAUGGUAAUGUUGCUGCAAUUGGAGCAACCACUGCCACCAGCAGCAACGACUACAACAACUGCAACAGUCUCGAGAGCAAAGAGAAAACAAUGUGAAUUCAGCGUUCAAUCCCUGAUACUGCUGUUGUUGCUAUGUUGUACGAGCAUCUGUGGCGCUGGCAUCAGCUACAGUAGUGUGUCGGGCAAUCUGAGUGCCACACAGCGCGUGGCAACAAGUAACAGUGGCGGACUGGUAUUGAUCGGCUCCAGCACCGCCACAGGCAGUAGCAGUAUCAGCAGCAGUAGCAGUGGCAGCAGUGGCAGCAGCUCUGUGCAUCCAGCCACAUCUAGCGCGGUACCCUCAUUGUCGCUCACUUCAUCAUCGUCAGCUGUUGCAUCAUCCUCAACAUCCUAUGCCACUUCAACAAGCAGCAGCAGCAGCAGCAGUAGCAGCAGCAGUUCAUCAUCAGCCACGUCGAGCAGCAACCGCAGCAGUCGACUAACUUCUAGCAGCAGCAGCAGCAACAGCAACAACAACAACAUAAAUCAUGAUCAAUUACCAGCACAGCUCUCAUCGCGCAUCAUCCACACACGCAACGGCGCCAUCUCGGGCGUAAUUGUCCAAUUAGAUGGGCGGCAUUUGGAUCCAGUUGAGGCGUAUCGUGGCAUACCUUACGCCUCGCCACCGGUCGGCAAUUUGCGUUUCAUGCCGCCCGUCUCCGCCGCCAUGUGGUCGGGCGUUAAAAAGGCGGACAGAUUUAGUCCGGUCUGUCCGCAGCGACUGCCGGACAUUUACAAUGAGACAGCGGCGCUGGAGCGCAUGCCCAAGGGUCGCCUCGAGUAUCUGAAGCGAUUGCUGCCCUAUCUGCAAAAUCAAUCAGAGGAUUGUCUCUAUCUAAAUAUUUAUGUGCCCAUACAAGUUGGUUCCCGGGAUUCCACGAGCAGUGGCGGCAACUCUGCUGGCAGUGGGAGCAGCUCUUCGUCUUCCUCAGCAACUGCUGGCCCCACCAAGUAUCCGGUGCUGGUGUUUGUGCAUGGUGAAUCGUACGAGUGGAACAGCGGCAAUCCAUAUGAUGGCUCUGUGCUGGCCAGCUAUGGUCAAAUAUUGGUGGUAACCAUAAAUUAUCGCCUCGGCGUGUUAGGCUUUCUAAAUGCGAAUACGGACCGCUAUUCAAAGCUGCCCGCUAAUUAUGGGCUGAUGGACAUAAUUGCGGCGUUGCACUGGUUGAAGGAGAAUAUUGCGGCCUUUGGCGGAGAUGCCAACAGCAUUACACUUGCCGGGCAUGGCACCGGUGCGGCUUGUGUGCAUUUUCUCAUUUCAUCCAUGGCCGUGCCUGAAGGACUGCUCUUCAAUCGUGCCAUGCUCAUGUCUGGCUCGGGGCUGGCGCCCUGGUCCCUGGUUAGUAAUCCGGCCAAGUAUGCCGCAAUUGUAGCACAUCAUGUCAACUGCGCCUCGGACUUGCCGCACGCCCAUCUGAUGAAGUGCCUGCGUGAGAAGACACUCGAGCAGCUGCUGAGUGUACCGAUACGACCACCAGAGUUUGGCUUCGCCUUCGGACCCAGCAUCGAUGGCGUUGUCAUCGAUGGCGGCGACUAUGUACCACCAGCACCCGGCUCCCCAGCCGCCCAGGCUCAGGCGCAGGCAUCGACUGCCGCUGGCAAUGGGCUGGGAGGUGAGGCUGGCAUUGCUGCAGCUGGCGGUUGGGGAACGCCAGGUCAAUUGGAGAAUAUCGUAUUAAUGAGAAAAACAGCCAUUAACAAGUUGUCAAGAUACGACCUGAUGGCUGGUGUGACACGUGCUGAAUCCUUUUUCAGCUUCAAUUCCGGCGACGUACAAUAUGGCAUCGAGGCGGAUCGACGUUCCAGAAUUUUAAAGGCCUACGUACGCAACACGUACACAUUUCAUUUGAACGAGAUAUUCGCCACGAUUGUCAAUGAAUACACGGACUGGGAACGGCCGGUGCAGCAUCCAAUUAAUAUCCGCGAUGAAACACUAGAGGCUUUAAGUGAUGCACAGGUGGUGGCUCCAGCAGCUCAAACUGUCGAUUUGCAUUCUGCAGAUCAUCGCAACUCAUAUUUAUAUGUCUUUGAUUAUCAGACACGUUUCGGUGAUUAUCCGCAGCGUCAGGGCUGUAUUCAUGGAGAGGAUUUACCAUAUAUCUUUGGUGCACCACUCGUCGGCGGUUUGAAUCAUUUCACUCGCAACUAUACGAAAACCGAAAUCAGUCUAUCGGAAGUUGUAAUGUUCUACUGGUCCAACUUUGUGCGCGCUGGCAAUCCAAAUGAGCCAAUGGAAACGGAACAUGGGAGUCGACAGGAGCGUAGUCGCUACAAGACCAUCGAAUGGACGGCCUAUGAGAGUGUGCAUAAGAAAUUCUUGAAUUUCGACACCAAGCCGAAAUUAAAGAAUCAUUAUCGCGCGCAUCGUCUCUCCUUCUGGCUGAAUCUAAUACCCGAUCUGCACAAGCCUGGGGGCGACAACGUGCCCGCUUCGCAUCAUCAGCUGCACGACGACGACGAGUUGGACAACAACAUUGCCAGCGAUGCAUCCGUGAAACCCCUCAACCCAUCCUACACUUCGCGGGGUGCCAAUGCAGCUGCCAUGGGCAACUACACGAUAUUCACGAAUCAGGUCUUUUCGCUGCUGAAUCUCAGUUCGCCCUCCUCCUCGCUGCAGCGCAAUGGCACACGCUACGGCAACGGAAAAAUCUAUCCGGAUGACAUGCUCGAUGCGGAUCAUGCUGGCGGUGCAGCAAGUGCCUCACAGGAUAACGACGGAUUCGCUGCGUACUCUACAGCGCUGAGCGUAACGAUUGCGAUUGGCUGCUCGCUGCUGAUACUCAAUGUGCUUAUCUUUGCCGGCGUCUACUAUCAGCGGGAUAAGACGCGGCUCAGCGAGCCGCGCACGCAAACAAAGCUCAAGCGACAGGAGAAUGGCCAAAUGCCGAAUAAUAUAUGCGGCGAUCUGGAAACGCUGACGAUACACGCGAAAAGCGAUCCGGCUACUAUAUUGUCGCAUCAUCAUGCCAUGCAGCAUCAUCAGCUGCCGCCGCCUGAAUUUGCCGAUAUACCGCAUCGUGCACCGCCGCCCCCAAAACACAUGAAGUCUUCCAUGCAGGAUGGUGGACAGGGUGGGGGUGGUGGGGGUGGUAUGUUGCCGCCGCCGCAUGCGCUGCAGGUGCUGGGCAAUCAGUGCGGCACACUGACCAAAAAGAGCUGCAUGAAGCAGACACAGGCAGCAGCACAGGCGCAGCAACAGCAGCAACAACACUCGCCCGCACAACAGCAACAUGUGGUAACGCAUCAGCAACAUAUGCAGAAUCAUCAUAAUCAAAGCAUGACCACGGUGCUGACCACGUCAGGAGGCCUCAUGCCAGUGCCCACGCCGCCCACAGUGCCAGUGAUUGUGGCCACAACAACGCAGCAGCACUCACAGCAGCAGCAACAGCAACAACAGUCACAGCAGCAACAUCCGCUAAUGGAUGAGUUGCGUGUGUGACAUUAAUUGACGGUGCGUUUCAAAUGUGAUCUAUAAGCUAUGAUCUCAAAAGCGCACAGUCCACAAACUGUUUCAAACUUAGUGUGUAUGGGUGUGUAUGUGUGUGUGUGUGUGUGUGUGUGUGUGAGUGUGUGUGCCUGCUGUUAAAUCAACUCUGUUAAAUUAGUUGCAGAGUUUGCUUUACUUUUGCUGCCAGCUGUGAAUGUUAAGCAACUUAUGUAAAACGGUUCAUUUCAACAUGCAUUUUAUUGUAAAUAAGAAAAAAGUGAAAAAGUUCAGUUUAAAUUUUGUCACUUUUCCGAAAUAGUUAUUUGUUUCAUUUCCUUUAUUUGAUUUACAUUUUGCAUCACUCUUGAUUUUCUUACUAGGACCAAUUCCCAAUUAAUUCCUAGCAUAACAAUCUGAUUUUUCUUUUAUGGUUUCUCAGAAAUUAAAUAAAAACUUGUAG